AUGUCUCCAUCGAUAGACAACAACUCGCUCGACGAGCCCUCGGACCAGGACUCGAAGACCACCGAGAAGCUCUCCGAGGUCAAGCAAGAUGGAACCAAUCUUCCAAAGGGGAUCCGGCUGGUAGCUAUCAUCAGUUCUAUUAUAUUGGCCAUGUUUCUGGUUGCAUUGGAUCGCACCAUCAUUGCUACAGCAGUUCCCCAGAUCGCAACACAAUUCAAUGCUCUCGAAGACAUCAGUUGGUAUGCUAGUGCAUAUCUUCUAACAAGUUGCGCCACCCAGCUAUCCUGGGGCAAGGUUUACACAUUCUACUCGACCAAGACGAUCUUCUUGAUCGCAGUCCUAAUCUUCGAAGUCGGGUCUGCAGUCUGUGGAGGCGCUCCUACCUCCAACGCGUUCAUUGUCGGGCGCGCUAUAGCAGGAAUCGGUUCGGCAGGCAUCUUCUCCGGCGCGACUGUGAUAAUCGCACAGAUCGUGCCCCUGGCCAAACGGCCCAUCUUCGUCGGACUGAUGGGCUCAACAUUCGGAAUUUCUUCAAUUGUUGGACCUUUGAUGGGUGGUGCUUUCACAGAUAAGGUGUCAUGGCGCUGGUGCUUCUAUAUCAAUCUACCCAUCGGCGGCUUUACCAUGGUCGUGCUGUUUUUCUUCCUGGCCGUGCCAUACACACCCAAAACGUGCACUUGGAAGCAGCAUAUCCUUCGGCUCGACCCGCUCGGCACCGUCGUUUUCCUGCCUUCUGUCAUAUGCUUCCUGCUUGCUUUGCAAUGGGGCGGUACAGCUUACAAGUGGGGCAACGGACGUAUUAUCGCCCUGUUCGUGAUCUCAGGUAUCUUGAUAAUCGCCUUCAUCGCUGUGCAGAUUUGGCUCAAGAAGGACGCAACAGUACCACCUCACAUCUUCAAACAGCGCAGUAUCACCAGCGGAGUCGUCUUCUCCAUGUGUGUGGGUGGCGGGAUGAUCUCCAUGCUGUAUACACUUCCCCUCUGGUUCCAAGGUGUGCGCGGUACCUCGGCUGUGAAAUCCGGCAUUGAUACAAUUCCAAUGGUACUUGCCCUCGUUGUUGGAGCCAUCAUGUCUGGCAGCAUCAUUACCGCAACGGGGUAUUAUGUUCCGUGGAUGUUCGUCGGGGCGAUUUUGAUGUCGACGGGCGCAGGGUUGAUGACAACCUUCGAGCUGGAUACUAACCACGCCGCCUGGAUAGGCUACCAGGUGCUGUUCGGUAUCGGUAUCGGAACAGGGAUGCAACAGCCCUCUCUAGCGGCGCAGACCAUUCUUCCAAUGAACGAAGUACCCAUUGGCAUCUCGCUCAUGUUCUUCUCGCAGUCUCUCGGUGGUGCUGUGUUUAUUGCUAUCUCUCAGUCGCAGUUUCAGAAUUAUCUGGGCGCAAACCUAUCUCAUAUUCAGGGCAUUGAUGUGGCCAGGGUCCUGAGAUCUGGUGCAACGGAGCUUUCGAGUGUGGUGCCAGCUAGCAAGCUGACUGAGGUUCUUAUUUUGUACAACAAUGGUCUUCAGCACUCUUUCAUUGUCACCGUCGCGGUGUCUUGUCUGAUGAUUGUGCCUGCGCUGACGAUGGAAUGGAGGACAAUUAAAAGGAAAGCACCACCAGCUUCAAAUGCUUGA